CACAUUAUAUAUAUUGUUAAUUCCUUGUUAAGAUAUCAAAAUGAAUUGGAAAUAUUUUUUGGCGGCGCUCGCUGUUGUGGCUGUGAUCCCAUCAGGCGAGGCUAUGAUCCCAGCGUACUCCGUCUCAGCUCUCCGCCUAGCAUUUGACGAGAUUGCGACAGUCCUGCCUAUCGCCAACCAGCUCGCCUGUCUCCUCAUCCCAUUCCUCAUCAACUUGAUCAACAACUUAAAUAACCUAUCGAACAUCGUUCAGAAUUUAACUCCAGCGAUCCUUCCGUAUUUCGGUUGCACUUUGCCGCUUUUAUACGCAACCUUGACUGAUUUAGCUUCAGUUUUGUUCCUGUAUAUCAGCGUAUUGAUAUCGUUAUUUAGAUCUAAUGUUUUAGCUGCGCCUGGCCUGCUGAUUGGACUGGUUGCUGAAGUGUUGAACCUGGUGAUUGGGCUAUUGACAGGAUUGACUGACAGCACAGGUCUUUUGGGUAGUUUGAUUAAAUUGAUCACUAGUAUUUUGGUGGAAUUGGAAAAGCUGCUGCUGUGAACGAUGUUUAAAUUAUUAAAAUAAAUGGGUAUUUAAAUGU